AUGGCAGGCCUUUUCAAGCGUCUCUACGACUGGCUUCUCAGCCUGUUCUGCUCAAUACCUACUGUUGGCUUCAACAUGAAGAGGGUUACCAAAGGCCAUGGCGCANGUUGGGAUCUAGGGGGUCAGCCGAGGUUCCGAUCCAUGUGGGAGCGCUAUUGUCGAGGCGUCAACGCCAUGGUAUUCAUCGUCGACUCGGCCGACAAGGAGGCCUUGCCAGUGGCACGAGAGGAGCUCCAUGUACUGCUAGAAAAGCCCGCCUUGGAAGGUAUUCCUUUGUUGGUCCUAGGCAACAAGUCUGACCUUCCCGACCAUCUUUCGGUCGACGAGCUCAUUGAGGAACUAAACCUCAAAGCUGUGACGCACCGCGAGGUGAGUUGCUACGGUAUCAGCGCCAAGGAAGAAACCAACCUGGAUGCUGUGCUGCAAUGGCUGAUCGCUCGGGCGAGCAAGUGA